AUGCCCCCUUGGCAUAACCAAGUCCCGAUUUUCAAACCUCGUCAAAGAUAUCAUGAUCCCACCUUACAACCUCCAUCUCCCUCACCUGGCCACGCAAGUUCUUCUUCUCUUUCUGGCGGAGGAGUAGUGGGGGUAAAGGAAAAACCUCAACGUCCGGGACCCUGGAAAAGCGCAGCGGAAGAAGCAUGGAAUAUCCCAUUGAUCCGACGGAAUAUAUUGAGGAAUGUCAAGGGUAGAACAGUGACGAAGGUUAUGGUUUUGUCGAAGAAUGUCUUUUUGGAGACUGCUGAAGAGUUGUAUAGGUUUUUCAAGUAUGCUGAGAGAACUGGGUUUAGGAAAUGUGCUAGGAGCUUGGAACGUUAUCGAUUCUAUUCUUCCUUAGUACAACACAUCGAGAUUGACCUCACUUCCUCUUCUCAGAUAUUUUCCAUAUUCGAUACUUUCCCAAACCUUCUCACACUCUCUCAUCCCUCUCAUUUCCAAAUCAUUUAUCACCCUCCUCCUUCAUCCUCCACAUUAAUCGAACAAGCUUUCCUCCCAUCUAUCCCUCCCCAUGCCACUGUCCGCGAACGAGUUCAUUGGAUGAUCGACACUCGACCAAAUCCUAGAUCCUUAUUCGUCGGAACAGGAGGUAUCCUUCAUCUACUCCCUACCAAUUGGGAAAUCAAAGUUUCUACCGAUAUUGUUUUAGGUCCUGAUCAUAAGAUACCAAAACAAGAAGAAAUCAUUUAUCUUGAUUCUUGGAAACGUAAUAAUAUACCAUUUGGAAUAAAAGCUGAAUCUUUGAUAAUUAAUUUCCCUUGUUCUUUCGAUCUUCUCUAUCAAAUGUUAUCUCCUUCAUCAUCAUUGAGUCGUUUUCCAAAACCAUACAUGACUUCAAAACCAAACACAGUCUUGUCUUCAGAACAAGUUGGGUUGUUAUAUACUGGAAGAACGAGAUUUAAUGGAUAUACAGAAUUGGGACAUUCAAAUUCACAUAACGGUUUAUCAAUUUCAAGAUCUGGAAGAUAUAUUGGACAAACUGAACCGAUCAAUACAUAUCAAUAUGAUCCUUCCGCUUCUAUAAACACUUCUGAAGAUCUUGAUUCGAUAAAGUCGGAUAUGGUUAAUGAGACGAGGAAGAUUUUACCAGAGAAAUUCACAGUGUUCCCAAAGAUUGACAAAGCAGAAGAACUUAUACGACUUAUUUCUAUUUGUCAUCAAGUUAAACAAUUAGAUUUAUCAUGGAGAUUCCCUGAUGGUGUUAGUCCAAGAGGAGGGAAUUUGACUUUGUUGGAAUUAUGUAAUAAUGGGAAAAGGAUUGCAGAAGUUUGUGAGGUUAUUGGAAUAAAGGAAUUAAAAGUUAUGGUGAGACAUGAAGAAUUGAUAAGGUUACCUAAAACUUUUCAAAGUGUUGAAGAUUUGAAAUGGCGUUGUGCUGUUUUAGGUAAAUCUAGUAAAGUCCAAGGGAAUAAACAAAGUUUAUUGAAUUCUUCAAAAUCUAAUUCAACAAUUGUUCAAGAUCAAGCUCAAGAACUGGAUCAACAUAUACAUUAUAAAGUCGUCAUUGAUCAACCUGUUGAUAUUUCUUCACCUAUUUUGGUUACUUCGGAAAUCAAUCAAAUCCCCGAGGAAGAAGAAGAAGAAUCUCGAUUUAUGAAUGGUGAAGAAAUCAAUCAGAUGGAUAUUAAAGAUAAUAAUGAGAAAGACGAUAUCAUUUCCAAAUCAGAAAAUCCCAUUACCAUUGAAGUAAUUCCCGAAUCUGAAUUUCCCAAACCUUCAAAAUGCUCUGAAAUAUCUAACAUUUCAAACAUCUCUAAUGGUGAUUCGAAUAAUUCAUCAAUAUCAUCAACUCAACAAAGUAAAGGUUAUAGUUUGGAGAAAUUGAUAAUUCAAAUAGAAUUCCCAUUUGAUCAAACACCUCUUUUCUCUUCUGGAUCAUUAUCUCCUCAAAAUAGAGAUCCAACAAAAAGACGUCAUUUAUCUCAUAGACAAUUACAACGAACAUGUUCUCUUCUAUGGGAUAUCUUAAAACCUCAUACUGAUCAUUUGAAUGGAUUGUUAAAUUUAUCAGGAAGAAGAUGGGAUAAUUUAGAAGUACAGUUAAUCAUCAGUGAUCAAGCUGAUUUCGCAAGUAAGAGAUUAGCAUGGAUGUUAAGUAGAAGAAUGGAGAAGAAUAUUAAAAUAAGGUUACAACAGAUGAUUGGGGUUGAUAAAGGUUGGAAAUUGUUAAAUGAUAGAGAAAGAGAUAAAGUUUUAAAGAAAAGUUUGAUGGGUAAGAAUAAAGGUGAUAUCAAGGAUGAUCAUGAAGAUUGGAUCAAGAAUCAAUGGAAGAGAGAUUGGGAAAGAGCUUUGGAAUUAAUCGUCAGGGUUUUUGAUCAGCCUGGACCGUCUGGGACUAGUGGGUGA